GCAAAACACAGAGAUCGACCAUGCAGGUCCCUCGUCAGUUCAUGAUUCUGCUGCUUGCGGCGGGACAUGUAGUACGUGCGCAGAACGCCACGACACUAUGGGGCGUGUGCCCGGAGACCAUUAUCGCCCCCACCGACAUGGCGAUGUGCCUGCAGGAAGCCAGUGGCGCGAUCGUCCCAAGUCCCAAGUCUGCUCGCGACGUCGACUUGACUGCGCGCGGCAUUCAAGUGGUCGGAAGCCUUCCCAGUGAAGCCGCAUCCCUCAACUUGUCCAACAACUCGAUCCGUGACAUUCCCGCCUAUGUGCCAAACAGCCAACUGACGGCCUUAAACCUCACGUUCAAUGCAUUCACGCAGGCCAGCGCACUGGCGCUUCCGCCAUCCAUCACGACCUUGGACCUCAGCCACAACUUUAUCACGCGGCUUUUCCGAUGGACAGCAUUAGACAACUCGUUUGUGACCACACUCAUUCUCAAGAACAACCGCCUGAGCAUGAUCCGGGAAACUGUGUUCCCUUCCACGUUGAUGCACCUGUGCGUGCUAUCUAUGGAGUUUUGGCUGACUCUAAUGGUUGCUUUCAUCGGGGGCAGGGACUUGACAGGCAACCCCCUGCGGUCGUUCGACGUGUCGCCAGCUACGUUUGCCCUGCUCACGAAACCCAACUUUGUGCUCAAGCUGGACCGGCCGCUGGCGGCGGACGUGGUCGCGACGUGCGUCGGCGCUCCGAUGCUGCUGCCCAAUCACCCCAACACGUACUUGUGUGUGUACAACGGCAGUCACGAGGAUGUUUCGUCCAUGGCAUUUGGUAUGUCAUCACAGGUUGAUGUUAUAUAUAUAUCAUAUAUCAUUUUGUAGCGUUUUUGGCCAAGUACACGAUCGUGUUGGUGGCACUGUUUGUGGUGCUCAUGGUGGUGAGAAGGUACUUCCGACGCCGGUUGGACCGAAGGAUGCAACUCAUGCCUCGAGACACGUACUUGAGCUCCAACUGCAACUUUCUCGACAACGAGCCCAUUCAAUACCGGCAAACGGUCCAGCUGCCUCGUCAGUAGUUGCUGCUGGCUACUGGUAGAGAUAGAUAGAUGCCUUGUCUGUUGAAUAGUAUGGUUCCACGAAUAUAUACUACAGUAUGUAUGCACGUGUCAAAUAUAAUAGAUUGUUUGUUAA